UACCCCGCCCAUGGUACAAGAGGGAGAGAACAGAAGGCAGAGCUUAUAGACCCGUAGAAAGAUCUGAUAACAAAGAUACUAGCUCCUAGAAAUGUCACUUGGGACGGGUCGUGGUCCUACGUACAAGGUAGUACUGCUGGGAGAGCUAGGGGUAGGAAAAACGUCCCUGUUUAGACGGAUCAAAGAAAACAUCUUUGACGAGUUCUCCACCUCGACUCAAGGAAUUGACAGCUGCACUAAAGUGUUCAAAGUUGACGGAGAGUCAAUUACAAUGAGUAUCUGGGAUACAGCUGGUGUUGAACGGUUUAGAACUCUAACAAGAAACUAUUACAGAAACGCACAUGCAGCAGUUUUCAUAUACAGCGUAACUGACGUUUCCUCCCUCCAUUUCCUCACACAGUGGGAGAAAGACACUCAGAACUUUGCCCCAAAUGCAAUAAGAAUGCUCAUUGGUAACAAGUCCGAUCUAGAGGCAGAGGUCGAUGACUAUACAGCAGAGCAGUUUGCUAAGAUGCACACGUUUGAUCGUGAUGCUGUGAUCUCUUGUAAGACUGGGAAAGGAAUCCAUGAGGCGUUUGAGGGCCUGGCGAAACUAUUGCAUGAGCAAGGGGAGAAGGAGGAGGGAGGAGGUCAGAAUGAAGGAGUGAUAGCAGUGACAGCACUGGAUAAUACUAGGGGCGGAGGAAAUGGAGGGAAAGGUUGCGCCUGUUAAAAAUAUAAUUAAAUAAAUGAAUACGUUAUUGUCGUUCUAAAUUAAUUAAUUGAUUGUCGUAUGUGAAAUUUAAUAGUUUGUGCUGUCAAUUACUUUGUUUCAAAUAAUAAUGAUAAUAAUAA